UAGGAUCAGUGUUUUUAUUUCCUUAUUCGUUAUAUUUAAUAGCUUGUAGUAUAGCUAAUAGCUUGUGGUAUUUUUUGUUAAUGUCAAUGCUGAACAGAAAAGCUAGUGUUAGCCGUAACAGUAAGGUAGGUGCCUACUGCCCCUACUGCCUAGGUACCUAAUUUUUGACAUCACAUUUGGAAAGUUUCUCUGCAUAUUGCUGGUGAUUGGUGAAUACCAUGGAUACCUCCAGCAUGCUUUACGGCGGCCGGCAGCGUCUGUGCAGUCUGAGUCAGCUGUCUCCGGAGCUGGCGGUGAGCGGGCCGCACGUGCAGGAGGCCGGCGGCCGGCUCCAGGUGGCGCCUCUGCCGCUCACCGAUCAGCUGAAUGUCACCAUCCGACCGGACGCUGUGCGAUCCUCGACCAAAGUGGGCACCGUGGAGAACGCCUUCCUGGCCACAGAGGAGACGACCACAUCCAGACUGCUGGCCAGCUGGCACCGUGCAGGUAUAUCAGGCGUACUAGAUGACCUCGCGUCAGGCAGAGCUGCCGACAGUCUCCCCGGCUGGGCCCGGCGGCUGGUGGCGCUACUUACGACCCUGGUGCGGCUGCCCUACACGGCCAGCAUAAGCAGCCCGCUGUCGGUCUCUGUGCCGGGCGCUCCUGCCGGCGCCGUGGUGCGCCGGGUGGCCUGGCACCCUCACACCACCCGACUGGCAGUGGUCCUGAGGGACGACUCUAUCCGGGUGUACCAGACCCAGGCGCCGACCGUGCCGCUCAUCAAACACCGGCUGCAGCGGCGCGUGGCCGACCUGCACUGGAAACCUCACUCGGCGUCGCUACUGGCGGUGGCCUGUGAGCGCUGUGUGCUGGUGUGGACUCUGGAGCCCAACUCGGUCAUCACACGUCCACCGGGCAGCUGCGCUCAGACCCUGACCGCACCGGGCCACGCGCCCGUCUCCUGCGUCCAGUGGAGCCCCCUGGGAGACCUGCUGGUCUCUGCCAGUCCCGGUGACGGCGCUCUCAUCCUCUGGAACGUGGCUGAGGAGACCCACGUGCCGCUCUCCCGCGUCUGGUGGCUGGGGAACACGCUGUGUCGGUGGAGCCCGGACGGUAGCAAGGUGCUCGGGGCCACCACUGGACAGACGUUCAGAGUAUGGGAGACAGCGCGCUGGACUGACGAGCGGUACCGCGGCCCCGUGUCGGGCGCCCGGAUGAGCUGCGCCUGCUGGUCGCCGGACGGACAGACGGCGCUCUUUGCCACCGCCGGGGAGCCAGUGGUGUACUCGCUGUCAUUCGUGCCGAUCCUGCUGAACGACUCGGCUCCCCGUCCGGUUCCGGUGAUUGAUCUCACCAGCAGCCCACCAGAGGCGGAUGAGACCAGAGAGACGCGGGCCCGCAGGGAGGCGCUACGCGUUGGUGCGGAGAUCGCCGGUCUAUCCUGGGACAGCACAGGUCGCCGGCUGGCCGUCUCGUUCGUCGACUAUAACGCCGUGGCCGUGUUCGCUACAGAUCUCCACCCGCACCUGCGCAUCACCCCUUGUGGCGUACUCCGCGGCUCGGUGGAUGAGGUGGUGAUGGAUAUCGCCUUCCAGCAGAACCUACAGGACACGGCCACCCUCUGCGUGGCGUGGUCGAGCGGCCGAAUCCAGCAGGUACCGAUGCUCGUAUCAGCCACUGCCUCCGGAGGUCUCCUCGGCGGUCUGCUGGCAGCAGCGCCGGCCGGCCCGGCCACCCCGCUCCGGCCCUCUGCCUCGCUGCUCUCACCCUCUGUCUCCGGCGCCAGCGGCCUGGCCUCUCCGCCGGCGAAUGUGACGGGCUCGCUGAUGUCCCCGGUGGGACAGGCCGGCGGCAGGACGCCCGGGUCCAUCCUCUCCCCCGGCGGUGUGCAGCUGUUCUCUGUGAAAGACAGUCCGUGAGGUUCUGUGAACUCAUGAAGAUUUCCCGGAGCGUCUUUGUACGUCUGAGGACUUGUGUGAGUGUCAUGGAAGUCUGCAGGGGAUUGUGAAUUUCUGUGAGAGCGUCGGUGCGUCUGUGGUGGCUUGUGGUGCCAUGUGAUGCCUUGUGGUCGCUUGUUGAGGCUUGUUACAAUUCGUAACGCUGUGGAAGACUGUUAGCCUGUCACGGAACCGUCUACUGCCAAUCUAGCCGCCAAUGAAGGGACGGCCGAGCGCUCUAUCUCGGCUCUCUGAACAGUCGAGCGAAGGGUUCGACUAUGGGUCGUUCCGGGCUAGAGGACCAACACUGCUGGUUGAAGGGAUGUGAUGCUGGGGAUGGGAAGCUGUGUUGAUAACGGUAUGUGCCAAUGGACUCAGUCAGUCAGUGCUGGGCAUUACUGGAACCGUCAUUCCUCAGUGAUGACGUGAUGUGACGUUACUAGUGACGUGCGUCAUCAGGGGGAACAGAUGGGAAUGUUCCCACCUGGCCGUGACCAUCACAAGGCUGCCACGGCCGCUGGGGGCCGGGGAGGGGUGGUCAUGCUCUCAUCUUAUCACCGCCUCUGCGGGGACGUGUCAGUUUAUGACGGGCUUCACAUUCGCUCUUAUCAACCUCCUUGUCAUUUUAUCGCCAUCAAAAUCCGAAAUAAAUGUGUAUUGUGAUACUA